AUCUCAAUAAAUACAAAGAUUGCGAUCAAAGAAUCAUCUUCUCUACAAUUCCUCUUUCACUCUUAACCUAAUUCCACCUACAAUUCAUCAGAUCAUCCUCAUCAAAUCAUCCCAUCGUUUUACACUUUCUUCGAUUCACGCUAUCAAAUCUCAUGAUUUCACCCGAUCAAAUACACCGGAUUGCAUGAAUUCGUGACGAUGGAGGUCGUAUUUCCAAAGGAAAAUCAUAUGAGUAGAUAUGUUACAGUUGAAAAAAAGAGAAAGGUUCACAAGCUUAUGAAUUCUCAAAAAGACGAUGACAACGGGUCUUCAAUGAAACGCACGAGAACUUCUAGCCGGAAAGAAAUGUUUUUUGGCGAAUCUGAAGAAGAAAUAGCAAUCAGGAAGGGCACGUUAACGUUCAAAACAAAAAAGUUAUCCACCACAGUGAAAACGCGUGGAAUCAACGGUUUAUGUAAGAAAUCAAACGUCUCGUUAAGCGAGAAAACGCUUGUGAAAGUUGAAAAUGAUGCUAGUGGAUCUGGCUCCGAUGAGGAUUAUAAUGAGGAAGAAGAAGAAGAUGAUGACUGUGACUUCACUCCAUAUCCAUUGAGAAGAUCAAAGGCUUCAAAGUAUAAAAGAAAGAAUCGUAAAGAUUUCAGAACUUCAAACAAGAAAGAAUCUUCAAACAAAAAACAAUGUGCAACGACCGACAAUCAGGAAGAUAACCUGGAGGAAGAACUAUGUAAGAAAUCAAACGUCUUGUUAAGUGAGAAAACGCUUGCGAAAGUUGAAAAUGAUGCUAGUGGAUCUGGCUCCGAUGAGGAUUAUAAUGAGGAAGAAGAUGAUGAUGACUGUGACUUCACUCCAUAUCCAUCGAGAAGAUCAAAGGCUUCAAAGUAUAAAAGAAAGAAUCGUAAAGAUUUCAGAACUUCAAACAAGAAAGAAUCUUCAAACAAAAAACAAUGUGCAACAACCGACAAUCAGGAAGAUAACCUGGAGGAAGAACUCACAGACAGUAGCCCACAUGAUGUACGGAUAUCAAGAAGCCGUCGUUCCGUUUCUAGUGGAAACAAACUUGUUAAAGACGGUAUGUUCUAUGGCGACUGGAAAGAUGAUGAAGAGUAUGGUACUGAAGAUGAAGAAGAUGAAGAAGAUGAUGAUGCCGAUGAAGAUGGAAAUACAUUAUUGACAAUGGAGCUGAAUGACGUUAAGACAAACGGAAGUAUAAAAGGCGGGAAAAUUGAAAAGGAUGUCGACUUCAUAGAAGAGAGAAAACAAACGUCUUUUGCGAAAUCCGACCCUAGUAGAAGCAGUAGUUCAAAUGAGACGAUAAUGAAAAGAAGAAACAAAGAGACAGGCGAGUGCAGUUCUGCUUCAUCAGGUGGCACGGUAAGUACUAGUAACAAUGUUAAGGAUCAGAAAAAUGGAAAUGAGCAUUUGAAGUGUCAUCAGUGUAAGAGGAAUGAUAGAAAGAUCGUUGUUCCCUGCAUCAAAUGUGAUAAAAUAGUAUAUUGUAUCCAGUGCAUCAGACAAUGGUAUCCUCAAUUAUCAGAAGAAGACAUAGCCGAGUCAUGCCCCUGUUGCCGUGGAAACUGCAAUUGCAAUUUGUGCUUACACUCGAAUUCUAAGAUGCCAAGCGUAGAUCUCACUGAUGCCGAGAAGUUACAACACCUUCACCAUGUUAUUUCCUCACUCCUCCCGUUUCUAAAACAAAUACGUGAAGAGCAAAAUAAGGAGAUAGCGGUGGAAGCGCGUGUUCGUGGGGUACCGGAGUCUUCGGUUACAAUAGGGCAGACUAACUGUUUUACCGAUGAACGUGUCUAUUGCAACCACUGUUCGACAUCAAUCAUUGAUCUUCAUCGAAGUUGUCCAAAAUGCUCAUACGAGUUAUGCCUUAGUUGCUGUCACGAAAUACGUAACACAGGUCUUCUCGCUCAAAGAAAAGUUGACUUCGGGUACUCGAAUAGAGGUUUUGAGUAUAUUCAUGGGGGAGACCCGCUACAAAGUUCCGUCCACGUAAACAAUCCAAACAGCCACUGCGAUUCCGAAGUUAAAUGGGUGGGUAACGAUGACGGGAGUUUGUUUUGUGCUCCAAAAGAAAUGGGUGGAUGCGGUGAUUGUUCAUUGGAGCUUAAACAUAUCUUACAAGCGGACUGGCUUUCAAAUUUGGAAGCGAAAGCGGGGUCCGUAUUAAAUAAAUUCAAAAUUGAACAACCGAACAUUGCGACAAGUUCUUUUACGACCAGUGGCGAGACCGAGACAUAUCUUAAAGCAGCCGACAGAGAAGAAUCAAAUGAUAACCAUUUAUACUAUCCUGAUUCCGAAGAAGUGCUCGGUAGUGAGGAGCUUAUACGAUUUAGACAUCAUUUGGCUAAAGGUGAACCGGUAAUUGUAAAGAAGGUUCUUGACCACACGCCUGGUUUAAGCUGGGAGCCCACGGUUAUGUGGCGUGCGUUAUGUGAACAUGUGGAUCCAAACGUCAGUUCAAAGAUGUCACAAGUGAAGGCGAUAGAUUGCUUGGCUGGUUGUGAGGUUGAAAUUAGUACUCGGAAAUUUUUUAAAGGCUACGCUGAAGGAAGACAAUAUUUGAAUUCGUGGCCGGAGAUGCUGAAGCUGAAAGAUUGGCCACCGUCUGAUAAGUUCGAGGAUCUUCUACCACGCCAUUGUGAUGAAUUUAUCAGUGCAUUGCCAUUCCAAGUGUACACUGAUCCGAGAGCGGGGUUUCUCAAUCUCGCUGUAAAGUUACCAUCAGCUGUCCUAAAACCGGAUUUGGGUCCGAAGACGUAUAUUGCGUACGGAAUGGCUGAAGAACUUGGACGAGGAGAUUCCGUGACUAAGCUUCAUUGUGAUAUGUCAGACGCUGUGAACAUAUUGACACACACGGCUGAAGUAUCAUUAAGUAAUGAGCAGAAGAUGGCAAUCCAAGAGUUAAAGAGAAGGCACCACUCUCAGGAUGAAAGAGAAAAGAACGGAACACCUUCUGAAUGUGCUACUGGAUCUUCAGUAAAGAAAGAAGAAGAGUAUGAUAAUGUUUCAAGCAUCAACAAAGAGGUUGUAAAGAAAGAAGUGCAUACUUCGGUUGAGGAAGAAGAGUAUAAUAACGUUUUAAGCAUAAACAAAGAGGGCAAAUGCGAAGAAGCUAGUGAUGUUUCGCAUGAUCUUGCUCCACAAGAAGAUGUUGCUGAGGAAACAGGUGGUGCUCUUUGGGAUAUCUUCCGAAGAGAAGACGCAACAAAGUUACAGGAAUUUCUAUUGAAGCACUCUACAGAAUUUCGACAUACGUAUUGUUGUCCUGUUGAGCAGGUUUAUCACCCGAUUCAUGAUCAAUCGUUUUACUUGACGUUGGAACAUAAAAGGAGGCUAAAAGAGGAAUAUGGUAUUGAACCCUGGACAUUUGAACAAAGGCUGGGAGAGGCGGUUUUUAUUCCUGCUGGAUGUCCACACCAAGUGCGAAAUCUCAAGAUCGUUGGAGUGAAUUAACCUUAUUCUUAUGGUGGAGAUCGUUGGGUUGAUGGGUUUUUGUCGUGCUCUUGGGGGUCUCUUCAAUAGAACCAACAAACGCUAUCAUGAUCCUUGAAGAGCUACAAAGGAGUCAUAGGUGGCAAAAACAUCCACUAAAUCAUGAGGAUGGUUGUAUAUUGCUAUUCAACAUCCGUUUGAGAAAGCGUUGGUUGCACUAAACGUAGCUAUUGACCUCUUGUCAACAUGAAGAAGUCAAUCCAAUAUAAUGACUUCUUAAUUUAUGAGUGGUAUGCGCAUUCGAAUGAUUAAUUGAAGAUGAAUCUAAAAUGCGGAUUAUGUGUCAAAGAAAGCUAUAGAGGUCAAAACCACAAUGUUGGAGGUGUCGUAUAACCCAAUUAGCGAGGACAAGUUCUUUUCAAAUGAGAGAAUGACGAUGCGGUAAAUUAUCCAAUAAACAUAUUCUUGCAAGGACGGGUAGGAGUGUUGAAGACUCAUGGAAAAAGACAAUAAAUCUCAACUUUAUUUCGAAGAUUUCUCUUCAUCUUCAAGUAAUAAGCAAAUCGCAAGUUGUCGCCAAUUUAUGUGGUUGAUUAGUUAAUGGUUUAACCGGUUGAACCGAGUUGUACCGGACGGUUCAAUUUUCCAUAAAUUACAUCAACUCAAAAAAUAAUCCAAAUUGGAUGAAGAUGUAAAUCUGGAACAAAUGAGGGAGUGAUGGAAGCCUGGAACAAGUCAUGAAUGAUGGAGUGGAGUAAUGAAGCAAAUUUUGAAUUUUGAUUGAUGUAGAUAAAAUAUUAAAAGUCGUUAAGUUAAAGUUGAGUAUGGAGAUGGACCGAUAAAAAGUAAAAUCCUAACCCAAAAACAGACCUGAGCCGGUACCAGUAUACCGGAUUUUACCGGCGGUACAAAGUUGAUGUUGUUUCUCCUACUUACUGGGGUUUUUCGGACCGGAUUUACACCCGAAAACGAUAAUACCGGCAUAACCGGCCGGUAUUUACCGGUUUUUAAAACAUUGAUAAAUGGUUGAAAUAACAAGUUGGCCGGUUUUGUUGGUUUGAAA